UUUGCCAUCUGGCUAUAUUCAAGCUCAAAUGAGGCGGUGGUGAUUUUUCCCAUUUCUUAGAAUCUUAGAGCUAUUUUUUUAAGAGCUAAUAGCUAUGGACUAGAUUCUGCUGUUAGUGUUGGGCCUCCAAGAGGCGAUGGAAAUCGUACUCUGUUAGCGUCAGCAGCUGGAAGCCCCUCGUAAGCUCACGGCUAACAGGUAGGUAGACAUAGACAUAUAUUCGAGUAAAAAUAGAAUCAACCUAGAAUACCGUUGCAUUUCCCUAGGACGUUCAUAUCGCGAGAUGCUGAGUGUUGAGUUCUUCUUGAAUGACUAUAAAAGAAGGCAUCUCGUCCGCCAAAAGAAAGAACAUUAUUAUCACGGAAAAACAAAUCACAGUCACAAGCACAGAUAUCCACCACUAUCUCACCCUUUAUACCAUUUCUCAAUCUAAUAAUCAACCCCAAUUCUAUUACAUAACCUCAAAAUGAAGUACACCACCGCCGCUCUUUACCUCGUUUCGGCUACCCUCUCCCUCGCCGCCCCAACUGGCACCAACACUGUUAGUGCCCGAGAGGAGCGCGCCUGGGCCGGCUUCGCUGUGCCUAGCAUCAUCAAGAACCACGACAUUAUCAGCAACCUAAACACCCAGGAUGUGCAAACUGCUACAGUACGCAACGGCAAUAUUGAGACGAGCACCCUAUAUGACAUCCCAAUCCCGGAGUCCGCUGCGGGUAAGACCUGCACCCUGGUCAUCCACGCCGGCCGCAUAGGCAACGGCGAUAACGUGCUUGGCGAGAAGGCGCUUGACCUCUUUCGAAACUCUUUCACGGACCUGGCCAACCUAUCCUCGGGUAACCUGCGUGAUACUCAGCUGGCACGCGUGCGUUUCGAUGAUGCCACCGGCUUCUACAACUUCGACAAGGUCGGCUUUGCUAACCCGGCGGUCGAGAGCUUCCCCUGCCCCGCUGGCAAGACCCUCCACUGGGAGACGGUAGCUGUCGGCCAGUUCGACAUCAACGUCAUUGGACAGGACUUCGUGGUCGAUGGCGCUAACGCGCCUAACGGCUUGAGCGUCGGCUGGUUUUAAACCAGUCCGAUGACACUCCGGUGACUGUUACUGCAUUGGCUGUUUCAGAUGUUCAGGUUUAUAGUUUGAGAAGAACCUCCAUAUUCUCUCCUUUUUCUUUCCUUUUUCUGCAUGGGAGCGGGCGUGCCUGGUUUCAAGGCCCAUUUAGGUUGGGCAAGAAUAGGGGCUGGACUGGUAGGUAUGGCUGGGUUUAGGGACACUCCUUGAUUGUUAUCUAAUGAUAUGUCCUCAAGUGCGAGAUAGACACAGAUACAUACUCCACUUAUGUUAAUAAAGCAAAGCUUCGAAAAGGGUCGAAGCAUACAAUCUUAGGAAUAGUAUCAAAGAAGUCAACC